AGCGCGUCCUGCGCUUCGCUGUUCUUUCCGCGUUCGCCUGUUGGACGACGAGUCGCAACUAUGACCGAAUACCCUGCUUGACGAAAAUCGAGAAACAACUUGAUGAUUACAAUGAAUUUACUUGCAUUCUUUGUUUUGGCUGUGCAAAUAUACAGCGUGACGCCUGUCAUUCACACGCUCAAUUAUUUCAUGACGGGCUCUCAAGUUGCAAAGCUACCAGAGUACUGGGAGGCCGCGUAUGUUGACGGCGUUCAGAUUCUGCACUUUGACAGCAACCACAGGAAAGCAAAAGCAAAACAAGACUGGGUGGACAAAAUCACAGAAGAUGAUCCGCACUACUGGGAGAGAGAGACGGCGAUCAGUAUUCAGACUGAGCAGAUCUUCAAAGUCAGCAUUGAAAACAUUAAAAAGCGCUUCAACCAAACUGGAGGUGUUCACAUGUAUCAGUGGAUGUACGGCUGUGAAUGGAAUGAUGAGACUGGGGAGGUUGAUGGUUGGGAGCACCACAGUUACGAUGGAGAAGACUUCAUAUCAUUUGAGCUGAAGACGAUGAGCUGGAUCGCAGCACAUCCGCAAGCUUUCAUCACCAAACUCAAGUGGGACCAAGACGACGGGUUCAAUCAAUACUGGAAGAAUAUUCUCACUGAGGUGUGUCCUUUACGGUUGAAGAAGCACGUGAGCAACGGGAGGGAGUUCCUGACCAGAACCGAGCUUCCCACGGUGUCUCUCCUGCAGAAGACGCCUUCCUCUCCGGUCACCUGCCACGCCACGGGUUUCUACCCCAGGACGUCGGACCUCUUUUGGAGGAAGGACGGCGAGCAGAUCCACGAGGACGUGGAGAUGGGGGAGACCCUCCCCAACCACGACGGAACCUUCCAGACCACGGCCGACCUGAAAGUGGAGCUGACGCCCGAUGCGGAGGGCCGCUACGAAUGCGUGUUCAAACUGGAUGGCGUCCGGGAGGAGAUGGUCACCAAGCUGUACGCCAGAAGCAUCCUGAGCAACGCGCGCAUCCAGGAAGAGGAAGACAGGAAGAAGGCGGUGGCCAUCGCUGUCCCGCUGGUGGUCCUGGCUCUGGUGGCGGUGGCGGUGGCGCUGGGGGUGUUCCUGGCCAAGCGUCGCAAAAGCCAAAAAGCCAUUUACGUUCCAGCUUGCAAUGCCUCAUCUUCUGAGCCGGACUGAAUGAACCCCACUAAGGUUGAAGGGAUGUCUUCUUUUCUUGGGUGCCACGCUUGAUUGAAUCAUCGCAUUCCAACUGUAUGAAAUAUUUGGAAAUGUUUCUUAUUUCAAAUUGAAAUGCAACAGUUUUUCAAGUGCAGUGAAUUGUAAUUGUAUUUACUUCACUAGUUCUUCCAAAUACCGCUAGAGGGAGCCAACAUACCACAAGUAAUAUCCGCAUCACACGUUGCUUUUUUUGAAGUGCUUUUUUGUUAAGCGAGCUACUGAUUAAUUUGAUAUAAGUUUGAGUAUCAUUAUAAAAAUAUUUGAAAUGAGGUUUCUGGUCACUGUAUUUUCACUUGUGGAUAUAUAAUUUAGCCAGGAUAAGCAAGAAAUUUCUGAUAAAGAACACGUCUUUUUUCUGUUGUCUUCUAAAAAAAAGCAUACAAAACACAUUCCUAUUUACAGAAAAGUCCAUGUGGAGUUUAUUUUGAUGUUUUUAUUUUAUUUAUCUCCGUCAUUGAUGUGUAUUUUGAUCAAUAGACAAUUCAACUUUAGCAAGUAAACGCAUAUUUACAUAAUUAUGCUUGAGAAGGAACAAGAUGAAGAAAAUCUUAUAGUUCCUGCCCCCUUCCACAUAAUAAUAAAAUAAAACAACAUAAUAAGUGCAAAACUUCAUCAAGUACAAACCAAACAC